UAACGGUGACAAUGAAUUACUGCAAACAUAAUCUGAAAUCAGCUGCGUAUGGUGUGUGUUCAAGAACAUGCAUGCGUGCGUACGUGCGUGCGUACGAAUGCACUUAUGCCAGCCGGUUCGAGUCGAUUCAGCGGUCGAAUGACUGUCACCGACAGAGGUCAUCGUCCCGGAAAUGCACCAAGUUUCGAAUCCUUUGUGCUCUUGCCACUGCUAAUCACGUGACAGUCCUUUAGAAGUCGUCACGCUGACAAAGACUUUCCUUCAGUCUAGUCAUUAACUUCCUAAUGACUGUAACCUUCGCAAGCCCUGCGGCAACCGGCUUUUAUCCUUUCGAACCCAAGCUCUUACAUUCGCUGAAGGCUUCUCCGUGAAACUUGAUCGAAACAUGUUUUAUCUAGCAAUGACAUGACAAAGGAGAAAGCGGUGGACGAGGAAUAAAAACAACCCGCCGAUGACCAGGCGAGAUCUGAACCCACGGACCAUACGACUGUGACUGUUGUGAGCGGUGUAACCUCCAGGCUACCACACCUCCCAGUGAGCAUACACAGUUCAGUGAACAGAGCUAUUAAAAGAAACAGCAGUGGUAGUGGAACUGGUUGGUGGUGGCAACGAUCGAGAAGGCAGGAGCACUGCACCACGCACGAGGACGAGACGGCAGCGGAGGGUAGAAGGCAGGUUUGCGUCAAUAAACUGUUGUUUCUUUCCCUGGCAGGCGACGAGGCUCGAGUGGGAAGACAUGGCUGUCGAGCGGGACUAGCGUUCAAACCCCUUUGUUACAAGGAGUGCAAAUACGGAUUUUUACCUGUGACGAAAAGUUCAUGUUUGACUGCACCUGAUCUUUGACCUGCGUCAGUGAUGUCACGUGUUUCACCUGCGACUUGUCAGUGAAGCGACUACCUGGACGAAACAAAGGAAAAUCUCAGGUGCAGGCUGUCAACUCGUCGGCUCGUAUUCAAACAGAAAACCCGUUUGAGGUACGGAGGGGAUGUACCGUCGUUUAGCCGGGUGUGUAAUGAGCUACACCAACUGCGACACGACAAAAGCAAACAAUCUUCAUCUGUUAUUUAUUGCCUGGUGUUUCUAUUUGAUCUCAUCGAUCAAGUUUUCGACAUUGUGGCCAUUCUGACGACAGUAGAGGCAGGGUGUGUCUUGCAAGUAAGUGGUCUUUUCGGAUUUCCUUCUUUGUGUGUCUUCUCUUCAAAGUGUCACCUCAAUGGGUUUCAUAUUCCUGUCUCUACUUCAGACGGUCCAGGUCACCCUGCUGCUAACCACAGCUUCGGUCAAAUGUUUCCUCAUUUCAUCGUCACCUUCAUCUUCACCGAACAGUUCCGUUGGGACUGACAGCGCAUGCGUGUUAAGGCCGGUAGGUGAUGUGCAAGAGACGUUGCAGGAGUUGGUUUCGGGUGGAGUGUAUCUCGUCAACAUCCACCUGGACGUUCAACCACCUGACGCUGCCGAGAGCUUCAACAGGAUAUCACGUGACCUCGGCAUCUUUCAGCCUCUGGACUGGCGCCGCACGACCUCUCGUCAGGGUCAGAGCAUGCUGAUGCUGAGCGACAUCUACGACGUGUUGUCGUUGUCGCUGCUGAGCAUCAAGGUCGAGAGCCUCGACGUCACGCUCAACGUCACGUCCCGGGGCUGCUGGGAGCGGAUGACGUCACGAGAGCUCUUGGAUAAGCUUCAGUCGCUGUUGCUGGACGACUUCCAGGUGAAAGACCAAACCAGCUCCAGCACCCACACCAAGGAUUUGAACAUCUGCAACCAGGAGCUUCGUCGCGUCCAGAACCGUGCAGCCCAGUUUGUCCACGUGUGCUGCCACAGGACACACGACGAUGGGAAGGUGGUGUGCAACGACGUCACUAGCGACCCCUGGCUGGAGGUUCUGUUCGCCGCGGUGUUGAUCAUCAAGGUGUUGGUGGUGCUGUACAGUCCUAGCUUCCUGCCGGAGAGUGUGUACCACCACCAGACCUCCUACAUGCAGUACGUCUACCACGAAGAGAUGAAGCUGAAGAUGCUGGCAACGGUCAGGCCUCAGGUUUACCAAAGCCAAAAGGAGAAGAUGAAGAUUGUACGCAUGUGCAAGUUGCAGGACAUGCCCAGGUUACUAGGGAUGGUCAGUCUAUGGCAACAUGACCGUGUGUAUGAUGUCCACAUCCGGGACGUUCACCUGGCCGUCAAAAUACGAAAACUCCUGGGAGAAAAUCACGUGCCUGUAAACCUGUUUCGAGUUCUUUACAACAACCUCUUCCUCUGUCGUCUGCGCCGCCUGACCCCCCUGGAUGCUUGCUGCAGGACCCCCUUGUUCGGCACCUUCCGACUGAAGCUCACGUGGUACAGGUGCAUGAGGGCCGUUGCCCGAUUGUUGCUGAUGGCCAUCUUGGUGCUGCCCUGGCUCAUCCGACUAGCCAUCUAUUACCACUACGAGAAGCCAGUGGAGGAGAAGAAAGCUCAGGCCAUAUCAGAAGCAGGAAUGACCAUCCCUUUCACCGGCAGCUUCAUCCUCUACCUCUCGCCAGUUCACGCCGCUUUCCUCGUCUGCUACAUCAUUCUGUGCCUGGAUACCAUCCUGUACAGUGUGCUGUCUCCAAUGACCAUAGAGCAGAUGAAAGUCAUCAUACUAAGAUGUUUACACGACAUGAGAGAAACUUCGAAAACGCCUUUGUUUACAUGGCUUCUUGCCUUCAUCUGCAAACCAUUCACCUACCUUGGUGUGCUAUUUCUGCCUCUGUUGCCCAUUUUUCUUCUUCUGUCUCUCCCGAUUCUGAUACCGCUGCUCGCGUUCUACAUAUUCCCAGCUGUCAACCUCACCUGUAGGAUUCUCUUUCAAGUCUUCUUCGUCGUCUGCCCCUCGGGGCUAACCGGAGGUGUCCGGCGCCUGUUAGUGCGCAUGUCCGGGUGGAUCGGCCAGCAUCUGCAGCUGCAGAAGGCGGGCAAGGAAGGCACUGACUCCACCGACUCCUUCCCGACAACACGUUUGAUAACGAAGGACGGGGUCAUGCAAAUAUUGACGGCGAUUAUCUUCCUCGUAACUUUUUGGUCCUUGACUUUCCUCUUAAUGGAGCUGCUUGCCUUUGGGGUGGAGAUGGCCGUGUACACUUUCAUCGGCCUGAUUCUCACGUCUGACGUCACCACACAGUACCUCAGCAUCAUCUUUUUCCUCGUCCUCUACGGCCAUGGAUGCAUCUCGGAGGUCAACUCCAAGUACCUGGCCUACCACAAGCUGGUCCAGCAGCAGCUUCUGUCGAUGGUCCGCACGGAGAUCGAGGUGAUCGCAAAGAAAGUGGAGCUGGCCCAGGAAAAUACCGCCCUGCACGUGCAAGGGGACAUGGCGCCCGAACCCAGCGUGCCCACCGUGACCCUUGAGGUGCAUAAGGGUUACCCGGUGUGGGAGACCUCAGGCAUGCUUCUCUUCUUGGACCAGAAGGAUACACCCUUCACGCCCGAGAAGUUCUUCGAGCAGACGAUCGACCUGCACUACUGCGGCUGCCCUGGACCGCUGCACGUCAACGCCAUCAAGGGGCUGUGGCGCUUCACUCGCAUCGUUGUCUUCCUCGCCUUCGUCUUCGUCGUCGUCAUGGCAUUCGGCAGCGCCUACCGCGUGUCCACCACCAACCAGUUGUUGGCUACGGUCGCUGGUGGCUUCAUCCCGUUUGCCUUCACUUAUUUCUUUGAAAGCAAAGAAACCGAUUCCUCCGUAGACGCAGAAAGCGUGCAAUUCCGAACCCAACUGCACACGGCCAUCAACGAGUUUCGCCAGACGUGGCCUGUCUUCGACAUCGUCCAGUCGACCCAAGAGCCUGACAGCGACUCCGGCAGGUCGUCCACACCAGCAAACCUGCCCGCCAUCUCCAACCAGUCAUGCUCCACCAUCGAGGCUACAUCGCAAAAGUCGUCAGAGAGGCUGGACGAUGUUGGCUGGGGGGAUGGUGAACUCCACAUCAUCUUUGACCUCUCCAAAGGAGAUGACUCCGCGGCCGCGUCUACGGACUGGGAUGCAAUCGGUUCGCAGUCCAUGCUCGGUCAUGGGGACAUCGAGGAGGGAGAAGACGAUGGCCCAGAUGGAAAUUCCGCUAAAAACCAUCGAUCGACGAUGAUUGAGAGUGAUGAUAGACUUGUUUAACAAGCGUGUAGUGUGAACUUACCUGUGAACCACGCCACGUGACGAGAUCGGUUAAGAUUUAGAACAAUUGCUGUUGUUUAAAAUUUGGCCAAAAAAAAAAAGAAAACAAAACUGAAUAGCCAGGUGUGUGUGUCACAGGCUCCGUAACCACGUGACUUGCUUCUCUCGCUCCAUCAUGGCUCCGUCCUUAAACAGCAUGACACUGAGACGUCACUAAGGUAAAGGUCGUCCCAUGACCUUUUCGGGUCGUUAGGGAGUGAGGUGAGUGCUAUAACUACUCGGCUAUCCGCUCUCCGAGUCACGAGAUGCUAAAACAAUAUAGUGUAGUCUUUCAAAUGAAGCUCAAGAAAGGUACUUUGGCAGCGAAAAAAAAGUUUAUGAAGACAGGUAUAGCUGUACAGGAUUACUAUGUGUGUGCUACAUAGGCUUAUGUGUUUGUAAAAGUAAGAUAUAGGAGUCAACAAAAACAAUUUUCUGGAUGUAAACUUAUGCAAAUAAAGUGUGUUAUGUUA